ACUAUUACAUAUAGGAAUGACUAAAACGUGACUAAAACUAUCACAUAUAGAAAUGACUAAAAUAUGACUAAAACUAUCACAUAUAGAAAUGACUAAAAUAUGACUAAAACUAAUAAGCGUUUUAGUCCAAAAGACUAAAACUAAGACUUAAUCUAGAAUGGCAGCCAAAAACAACACUGACCUAAAGAAAGGAGCAGUACCAACAAUACGUAUAUAACUGUCUUUGUGUGCUCGUUUUGUCGUUUAGCAUUAGCGAUAGCCGGCUACAGGCUAAGCUACACGCUACGCUCGUGUUUCAUGUGCAUGUGUGUUUAUCAUCUCGGUAACCACAACGUUAUCCAAGCUACAGGCGUCCUUCAGCAGUCUGUGUCAGGGAUUACGGCAUUACUCGAUGUUUUGAUAAUUGCUAGCGGUGCAUCUGCCUUUCCAGAGGGGGAGCUGCGGAUCUGAGAGCUGACGUGCCAAUUACGUCACUUCACAAGACAGUGGGAAAGCUCCCGUUGGCUGGCCAAUCACAAGACAGUCCGUGAUCUGCGGGUGUGGAUUUGGUCUGAAACAGCACGGCUGACGAGAGCGUCAGUGAUGAGACAUUACAUCGGCUCGUUUGUAGCGACUAGGACGUUUUUUACCAUAAAAAUUACUUCAUGUUUGUAAGUACACCUCCAUAUCUCUCAUAUCAGUGAGGACCACGCUUUAAGAGGGAAAAGAAAUAACACACAAUUCAAUGUAUACACUACUUUAUCCCAUCAUCAAAUAUGUAUGCAGUCUUUUAUACUAUAACAUUCUUAAUGUUCAUAGUACAACACAAGAAUAUGUCUGGCUUUAAACACGGCCAUUUCCAUCACCGUCCUGGACUGAACUGCUGUUCUUCAUCCUUCAUUCUUUUCAUUUAUGUUUUUACUCGGCAUUAAUUCAUCUGUUCGACUGUUCCAUAAUUUAACCCCCGAGAUUUAAACAUACACAGUUUUUAGAGUUUUCCUGGUAACACUGCAUUUUUAAAUUUAGUUUAUAUCUCCCUUGUCUCUCUGAAAACUACGUCUUUAUUAUUUCCUUACUUUGAAUAUUAUUUGCGCCGUUUUAAACUGAAUCAGAUCCUGAAUUUUUAGAGCUCAUACUACACAGUAACUCACAAAUGGUAAAAGUCAUGAACAAAAUAAUGUAUAUGGUGCUUUCUGAUUGACGAUAUGUCUUGUUUUUAAUGUGUGGUUUCCAACAGAUUUUGUGGUCUAGGAUAACGCCAUGGAAUUCCUUUUUAUUUACUCUUUCUAUGUUUACAUUAUCAAGUUGGUUUUCCUGUCAUAUUUCUCUAAUGUAAUAUUAUGAGUUUUUUUUAAUCAUUAUUUAAUUAAAUGUAUUAUUAUUCUAAAUAGCAACGCUCUUCCACUACAUGGUACUCUGCCCAGCACGUUUUUUUGCUUUUCCAUUAGCGAUGGUACCUGGUACCUGGUUUAGUACCUGCGCUGGCGAGGUUCAAGGUGAGCUCAGCCGAUACUAUGCGUGACGUCAACUGACUGUCGGCCACUGAUUGGUCAGAGAGCGUCGUCACUGGAAUAGUUGUGAGCAAGAUGUCCGACACAAGAAUCAAACGAAACAAUGCUGAACUGUAGAUCAGAGCUUCCACUGAAAGAUGUUGUUCAGGAGGAGGAGGAGGAGGUUCUCACUGAGCAGCAGCUCUGUAACCAGGAGAGGAACUCCAGUCUGGACCAAGAGGAACCAGAGUCUCUACAGAUAAAAGAGGUAGAGGAGAAAAUCUGCACCAGUCAGGAGCAGGAGCAGCUUGAACUGAAGCAGGAGGCUGAUACCUUUAUGCUGACUCCUGAUAAUGAAGAAAGUGAUCACAUGGAACCAGAACCAGACACUGACCACCAGCUCCUCUCUGCUGUAGCUGAGAGUCAAGAUCAGACAGGAAGUAAACAUGUAGAAAUGACCAUCAACGAAUCUGAGGUGGAUCAUCAGCGCAGACUGAUGACGACUGCAUGGAAACCUGAAGUAAACUUACAGCAGAUAGAGCUUCCACAGAAAUAUGUUUUUCUAGAGGAGGAGGAGGUUCUCACUGAGCAGCAGCUCUGUAACCAGGAGAGGAACUCCAGUCUGGACCAAGAGGAACCAGAGUCUCUACAGAUUAAAGAGGAAGAGGAGGAAAUCUGCAUCAGGCAGGAGCAGCUUGAACUGAAGCAGGAGGCUGAUACCUUUAUGCUGACUCCUGAUAAUGAAGAAAGUGAUCACAUGAAACCAGGCACUGACCACCAGCUCCUCUCUCAUGAAGUGGAGAGUCAAGAUCAGACAAUCCACAUGACAAAUAUCACAGGUGAAAAGCCCCAUAUGUGCAACAUUUGUAAGAAAUGCUUUACGCGUAAACAUUCCUUGACAAUACACAACAGAAUUCACACUGGUGAGAAGCCAUUUUCAUGUGAAACAUGUGGAAAGUUGUAUCGACAAUUGACUCAUUUGAUAGACCACAGAAAAACUCACACAGGUGAGAAGCCAUUUCCUUGUGAAACAUGUGGAAAGUGUUUUCGUUUUAUAGCUAAUUUAAUUAGGCACAGAAAAACUCACACAGGUGAGAAGCCCUAUAUGUGCAACAUUUGUAAGAAAUGCUUUGUUAUGAAAUAUAACUUGAGGAACCAUAAAAGAACUCACACGGGUGAGAAGCCAUUUUCGUGUGAAACAUGUGGAAAGUUUUUUCGACAAUUGACACAUUUGACAGAACACAGAAAAACUCACACAGGUGAGAAGCCAUUUCAUUGUGAAAUAUGUGGAAAGUUUUUUCGACAAUUGACACAUUUGAUAGAACACAGAAAAAAUCACACAGGUGGAAAGCCCCAUAUGUGCAACAUUUGUAAGAAAUGCUUUGUUUUGAAAAGUACCUUGAGGGACCACAAAAGAGUUCACACAGAUGAGAAGCCAUUGUCAUGUGAAACAUGUGGAAAGUUUUUUCGACAAUUGACACAUUUGAUAGAGCACAGAAAAAAUCACACGCGUGAGAAGCCCCAUAUGUGCAACAUUUGUAAGAAAAGCUUUCAUCUCAAAAGUACCUUGACUGUCCACAUGAGGACUCAUAGCUGAGAAGUCAUAUACCACUGCAUCAUCUGCUUAAAAUCAUUUGAUGACGUUGCAACCUUUAAAAAGCGUUUAUGGGCCCAUUUCAAAUGUAAUGAAAAGGUUUACCCGUGUGACAUCUCAUGUAGAGUUACAUUUGGUGGACAGAUGGCCUUAAGAUGGCCUUUCCUGAAAAAUGUCUUGAUAAACUUGGGAAUUAAUUUUUCCAUCGACGAUGGCAAUCUGUCCACGCCGAUGCAGCAAUGUUUUUUUUGGACAGCAGUGGCUUCCUCCGUGGUGUCCUCCCAUGAGCUCUGAACUUUCUCCAUUUAUAGACAAUUUGUCUUUCUGUGGACUGAUGAACAUCAAGGCUUUUAGAGAUACUUUUAUAAUCCUUUCCAGCUUUAUGCAAGUCGUCCAUUCUUAAUUGGAUCAGUGGUAGGGAGAGUUGUCUUUCAAGGUUUGGAAGGUUGUGAGUUCAUUUCUAGGCUCUGCUAAUCUAUAUGUGUCUUUCAGCAAAACAUGUUGAAGCAUGUGAAUGGGUUAGAACUGUAGUGUAAGGCAGCUCAUCAAGAUUAGAAAAGCUCUGUAUAAAUACAGACCAUAAUACCAACUCUUCUUCUUCUGAUUUUAUUUGGUAAUAAUGAGUAACAAAGACAGUUAGAGGAAAAUGUAGUGGAGUAAAAGUAAAAAGUUGCUAGAAAUAUAAAUAAAGUCAAGUACAAAUAUGUGAAUUCUGUAAUUAACAGUAACAAAGUAUUCGUACUUUGUUACAUUACAACACAACAUAAUUACAAGUGCAUUACAAGGUAAAGAUCACAGUGGAUCAACAAAAGGCACAAAAUAUUUAGUCACAGGUAUCUCACACUGAAAAAUAGAGCAUUUUAUGAAAUUAAAAAAAAAGAACCUGUGGCCCGGUUUUGGCCUGUGGGCCAUAUGUUUGACACCCCGGGCCUAGGGGUUAACAUACUUUUUCCACCCUGCACUGUGAAUUUACAUUGUGUGUUCAAUAAAAACAUGAAAAC